UCACUAGACUACUGCACUGGGCCCAGAAGAAAUCUCAGUUCAACGGGCUGACAUUUUAACUUAGGUCCUGAGAGAACAUAAUGGAAAUUGCCUGCUGAAUCAGUCUGCGGGAGUCCCCUAUUUCAGUGGAGGGAAUCAGCGAGUCCUGUUGAGUAAUGGGUAGCUCGGGGAGGGCCGCAGUUUGAGGUCAGUUUUUGUUUCCUUGGUAGACUGAGUGAAGAGUCACUUCCCCGUUGCCUGUGGCUUUGUCCGAACACGUGCCCAGCCUUGUUUGCCCGCUCCCAUCCCCCCAAGACAUUGUCCUGAAAGGAGAUCCAGGCGCGUGCAGCAGCGGAGCACAGGCCAGGAGCUUUGGGGCCAUGUUAGCGGGCUUCACUGCACCUCCUGUCUUUCCAUUUUUAAUCCAUGAAGUGGGAACAGUCGUAUUUUGCUGCAUGAUGUUGUAGUGCUUCCCACCGAGCCUGGCCGAAGGCCGGUGUUCUACAAGAAGUUGCUGGCAAUUGUGGGUUUGGUCUUGUAAACGUAGGGAGAACCUCUCGGCUGGCUAGACUUAUUCUUUGGAAAUAAGCUUAGUGAAUCACUAAACCUGCUGUGGUGAACUGGGGCAAGUGCUGUCCGGCAGAUAACUUGUCAAACAUUGCCCAUGGGGACUGUGGGAAUUUAACCCUGGAAGCAAGCAUAGUGCACGGUCAGAGGUCGAGGCUGGGGCUUGCAGGUUCCCAUCUGUAAGCUCAUAUGUACCCAUUAAGUUUUGUCUGUUUCAAGUUUUAACUUCCCAAGCGACAGUGAAGUCAGUUGACUACCAGUGUGUUAUUCAUAUGUGAAAAAAAAAAGAUUGGAAGCAUUAACUUUGUCGUUGGGACAAGGGUUGUUGUUGUUGUUGGUUGAACUUGUCAGCAGUGGCGGAGUCUUACAAGAUCUGCUGGGUGUGAAGGAGAGCUCAAGAAAAGCAAACAAGUUGAGAGCCAUGGCUUUCCAGCCCUCGAGUAGUGCGUGAGUGGGAUUUAGUACACCAGCGAGAGCACGCUUCGGGUUGUCAUCAGUUUAGCGACAACCAUCGUUACUGCAAAGCAAGACAUCCUCGCGAUUUGGGACCCAGCAGAGUGAAGGACGAGCUGUCUUGAUCCAGUUCAUGCGCCUCGUCUGCCCCUCCUCAUCCCCCAGCGCCCCCCGAAGCAUGAUCCCCUUGCUCGGCUGCUGGAGGGCUGGGCUGCUGCUGCUGCUGCUGCUGGCCGUGGCCGUGAGAGACUCCUGGCAGACAGAAGAAAAAACAUGUGACCUGGUGGGAGAGAAGGGGAAAGAGUCCGAGAAGGAGCUGGCACUCCUGAAGAGGCUGACACCACUGUUCAACAAAAGCUUCGAGAGCACGGUGGGCCAGGGCUCAGACACAUACCUCUACAAGUUCAGGGUAUGCCGCGAGGCUGGCAACCACACGUCCGGGGCAGGCCUGGUGCAGAUUGACAAAAGCAGCGGAAAGGAGACGGUGGUGGGGCGGUACAAUGAGACGCACAUCUUCAAUGGAAGUGACUGGAUCAUGCUGAUCUAUAAAGGGGGCGACGAAUAUGACCGUCACUGUGGCAAGGAGCAGCGCCGUGCGGUGGUCAUGAUCUCCUGCAACCGACACACACUGGCGGAUAAUUUUAACCCUGUGUCCGAAGAGCGAGGCAAAGUUCAAGACUGUUUCUACCUCUUUGAGUUGGACAGUAGCCUGGCCUGCCCGCCGGAGGUGUCCCAUCUCAGCGUGGGCUCCAUCUUACUGAUCACGUUCGCAUCACUUGUCGCCGUCUAUAUCAUCGGAGGCUUCCUGUACCAGCGACUGGUGGUGGGAGCCAAGGGGAUGGAGCAGUUUCCCCACCUAGCCUUCUGGCAGGAUCUUGGCAACCUGGUAGCAGAUGGCUGUGACUUCGUGUGCCGUUCUAAACCCCGCAAUGUGCCUGCUGCAUAUCGUGGUGUGGGAGACGAUCAGCUGGGGGAGGAGUCCGAAGAAAGGGAUGACCAUUUAUUACCAAUGUGAUUACACUGGAGGAGUCCAGCCUCUUCGGUCCCCCAAACCAAAGCAUCCUCAGCCAGAUCUCCCAGGCAGUGUCCACUCAGCCCAUUGCUCUUGCUUUCCAGUUCGCUUUUGAUUUGUAUCCUCUACUCACCAAAACGGCCUUCCCGUGCUCCCAUAGUUUUUUUCUUCCAGCGGUACAGGUGUGAUAUGCCAGAGCCUAGGAACACAGGCUACCAGAGAAAGUCCAAGUGGGAAGAAGGGCAGAAGGGAAUGGCAGGCAAGUCCCUUGGCCCUUUUUUAAACACAUUUUUACAAAUUUUCAAGACACUGGAUUUUUUCUUUUUUUAAAUGCAGAGGAUAUUAUUUAUACAGGUUUGAUUGCUUUCCUGCCAUUACUCUGUGCGCUGCAAGAGUCUAUGAGAACCAGGAUGUGAUUUCUUGCUGCUUGGAACUACUUGGAGGCAGUCCAAGUACUCCCAUCUGGUCUGAGCCUGGGAUGUUCUUGACAUGUUCUCCCACCACUGGGAUUAAGACAGGAAAAAUACACACUUUCCCAACUACAGGAUUAUAGAGUUCAGCACAUCACCUGUUGGCUUCGGGGUGGCCCUGGAGUGGUGGACUUGAAGCUGUUGGUCCACAUAUAGCCAGAACACCUAAUCCAGGUUCAAGGGAAAGAAAACUGGCCCCAUUGCCUAUGCUACAAGGACUCUAGUAGUCUGUUUACCUGACGGCCAAAUCUCUGAUGGUUUCUUCCAUUUGUACAGCUUUUCUUGUUCCUCUACUAGUAUUUCUAAACAUGUUUGCACUUUCCUUCACGGGCAUGUGAUUUUAAACUUUCUUUUAAUCUUCAGAAAAGGGAACGGAAGCAGGACAAUGGGGCUGUGCCGUCCUCCGCCCCAAGUGUAGAACGGCUGCUGCACCUGUCUCUUCUGCUGGCUCAGGGAAGUGUCGUCUUGCUCACAUUUCUGUGGGGAAAGGUUUUUAAU